CCUUUACAUGUUCAUAAUUUAACUGUAAUGUGUAUUUUCUAAGUGUACUAAUUAUUAUUGUUGUAAUGUUUCAUGCGUGCAAUAUUUCGUCUUUUAUUUUGAAGUCCAAGCUCACGUCUCGUUAUGCUGUUCUCGCGUGAGUUAGAGAGCGAGAACAUGAGAAGCACCCUCAGAGUAAGAUGCACGGAUACUUACAGCUCCGUUAGUGUUGUAUUCUUAUACAUACAAGUUGUGAAGAGAACUGAAGAAUACUUCCCUCUGUUUACAGAGCAUGCAGCCCAACGAGUUUUCACGGUGGAUUCGGAGGAAUAAACCCGUUAUGAGAAAGCCACUUGUGUCUGCCUGUGCUUCGAGGGAAUUACAGUGAAAACUCGACUGUCCAUCGACGCGAGUGCGUCUUAAUUGACGAAGCGGCAACUUCAGAGGAUCACGGACUGAGCACGAGGCUGUCUUCAAAUGGCCGCCGGAGGAGGAGAAACUACGCAUGCACACACAGAAGUGGACGACGCGCGCAGUUCUUAAAAGAGCAACGCUUCAAGACAGAGCCAUAAAGAACUUGGACACUAAGAAAUCAAUAGUUAUCUGAGUAAAGGGCUUCUGUAAAGGUUUGCUAAACCAUUAUUACCGUGAGUGCCAACUAUAGUAGCGUGUGUGGUUAGCGUUUUGACUUAUUUGCUCAUGUCAUUUUAUUAAGGCUUGUUAAUUAAGGCGUAAAGUUAAAGGGAACGCAAGUGUUUUUAUUUCCAAUUUCUAAUUCAAAGUGUGUUUUUGGGAAUAAUAAGUGAAAGUUAUUUCAUUGAAGUUCUGAAGUCUUAUUUUUGAGUAUAUUUUUGAAAGGUGUAAAGUUCAAUUAAGCUGUUUUUUGCACAUUUUCUAUUUUAAGUGCAUUUCUACCUCUAUUGAAGUCUUAUAGGGUACAUUUAAGUCACACUUACAUUUGAGUAAGUGUUGAAAGUUCAUUAAAAGGUUUAACUGCAUUUUGCUGUUUAUAAAAGUGAGUCACUUUAAAGUAGUGAUUACUAAUGUCUAAGUCUAGUGAGCCUACAAUUCAGGUUAGGGAAAGUGCAGAGCCCCAAUACAAAGCUGUGGAUAACACUGAAGCACAGCAGCUAAGAAGAGGUCAAAGAACUAAAACUCCUACAGAAAAGGGUAGAGAAAUGCAAGAAGAACAAAUGAAAAUGCUCCUACAAAAGUUCAACUACAAUUAUGAGAAAUGGAGAACACAAGUGAAAACAGCCAAGCGGCCAUUAUCUCAAACAACAGAGUCUUUGUCUGAAGAUUUGCUUAAUAACAUAAUUCAUGAUGUCACAAGUUUGUCAGAAGAUGUCCAACAUGUUUAUGAGGAUCUGCGUACAAUCUCAACUCCAGACCAGGACACGCGUCGAAGAGUGGAUCUGUGUGCAGAGAUUUCUAAGUUUGUCAUGAUCAGAGCCUCAAGUCUCCUGGAUGGAAAGGUUCCAGAAGGAGAAAAGAAAGAUUGGCCUGAAGCAGGUUCUCUCUUUAACUCAAGCACCUACACUUUUUCUUCGAAAAUCAACUCCAAGCAAUCGAACCAGUCUUCUGUGAAACGACAAGAAGCUGCUGCUGAGGCUGCUGCAAGCCAAGCUGUUCUGAAAGUGUUACAAGAACAAGAAAGAGAACAUUUGGAGAUUCAGCGCCUGGAAGCAGAAGCUAAAAGAAAGAUAGCUGAUCAAGAGACUGCAGCCAUGAGGCGUUGUUUAGAAAGAGAAGCAGAAGAGUUAAGACAUCGUUCAGAAAGAUAAUCAGAAGAGUUAAGACAUCGUUCAGAAAGCAAGGAAGAAGAAGCUAAAAUUAAAGCUUGUCUAGAAGAAGAGCAUGUAGCUCUACAACAGACUCUAGAUGACAAACGGAGAAAAAUACAGCAUUUGGAAGCAGUAAAAGAUUUAAAUGCAGCACGAGCAAGAAUGCAAGUGUAUGACCAAGAAGAGUCCAUUAAAGAAGAAUGGAAAGACGUGCUAGAGAGGGAUCUGGUAAGUAACCCAGUGCCUGCUCCCACAAGUCCUCAACGACAGGUUGUCACUACUUCCUCAAGUGAAAGUACAGUAGAGCUUGUUAAGGUGCUAGCUGGUGCCUUAACUGCCAACAGAAUUCCAGUUCCUGAACCUUCAGUAUUCAGUGGGGAUGCAUUGAAAUACAAUGACUGGAAACUUUCAUUUGAAAUACUGAUUGACCAGAAGAACAUCCAAGACAAAGAAAAUAUAUACUACUUAAGGAGAUAUGUUGGUGGACAAGCUAAGAAAGCACUUGAUGGUUAUUUCCUGCUCGGAACCAAAUCUGCCUAUGUUGCAGCAUGGGAGAUUUUGGAGGAGAGAUAUGGGAAUCCAUUUACAAUUGCAAAAGCCUAUAGAGACAAGCUUCAAUCGUGGCCCAAGAUAGGAUCUAAGGACAGCUUUGAGCUCAGAGAUUUUGCAGACUUUCUCCAUAGUUGCGAGGCUGCCAUGGUCCAUAUCAAGGCAUUAGAAAUCUUGAAUGACUGUAAUGAAAACAGGCAAAUACUUUCAAAAUUACCAGAUUGGCUAACUGCAAGCUGGAAUCGGAAGGUUACUGAAGUCCAAGAAGACAGUAAACAAUUUCCCUCCUUCAGCCAAUUUGUAAAGUUUUUGACAAGAGAAGCAAAGAUUGCCUGUAACCCUGUCACAUCAUUGCAAUCACUGAAGCAAGGUGAAGCUGAAAACACCAAAUCUCAAAGACAACAAAGCUUUGCAGCAAAGACACUGACCACAAGUUCAGACGAAAACACCGUCUUAACAUGUAUUCUCUGUAAGAAGAAUUGGCAUUCCUUGCACAAUUGCAGGAAGUUCAUGGAGCAAGCUGUCCCAGACAGAAUCAAGUACAUUCAAGCUCAGAAGCUAUGCUUUGGAUGUCUCGAGACUGGCCAUCAGUCAAGGAGCUGCCACAGUAGGAGUGUAUGUGAAGUAUGCAAGAAGCAACAUCCUACCUGUCUGCAUGAAGAGCGUACAAAUCGAGAAAGAUACAAAGAAAGACUUCAACCAACACAACAAGAAGAAAGAACCACAGCAGCUAUUUCCAACAGAGUAAUACUUGGUGAAGGUAAUACACAAACAGCUGCUAUAAUUCCAGUCUGGCUUUUAUCCACAUGUCAACCAGCAGAAGAAAUCCUUGUAUAUGCUCUGUUGGAUUCUCAAAGUGACACAACAUUUGUGCUAAGUGAAGUAGCUGAGGCUUUGGAAGCAAGUAAACAACAAGUCAAGCUCAAGCUAUCUACUAUGACCUCAAGAACCACAGUUGUAAGCGCUCAAAGAGUGAACAACUUACAAGUCAGAGGCUUUUACUCCGGUAAAAAGAUUCCCUUACCACCAGUCUAUACACGUGACUUCAUUCCAGCCAACAGAACUCACAUACCAACAGAUGAAACUGCAAAAGCUUGGUCUCAUCUAGAGCACCUCCAAGGAGAGAUUGCACCUCUGCAAGACUGUGAAGUGGGUCUGCUCAUAGGGUACAACUGCUCACAAGCUUUACUUCCAAGAGAAGUUGUGUCUGGCAAAGAAAAUCAACCUUACGCACAACGUACAGACCUUGGAUGGAGUAUUGUUGGAAACAUGAAUCCCUGUCUAGAUUAUGGAGACGCCAUUGGCGUUAGCCAUCGCAUAGUAGUAACACAAGUGACACCAGGUGUAGAACCUUCUCUCAGUCUCAAAACUGAAGUACACUAUGUGAGCCGAACCAAAGUUAAAGACAAUCCAGCAGAGCAUGCCUCUCGAGGUUUAACUGCAGAGCGACUGAAGACUUCAAACUGGUUCACAGUACCAAAGUUUCUUUGGCAAAAGGACCUACCUGUAAGAGAAUGCAAGGUGGGAGAAAUCAAUGAGGAUGAUCCUGAACUUCGCAAGGAAGACAGGUCAUUAUUGGAUCACUUACAGAAAUGCUCUGAUUGGUCAAGAGCAGUUGCAAGACUGAAACGACAUGCCAAAGAACACCAAGGUGUGAAACAAAGAACCAAUGAAUGUACAACCAUUCAAAGGCGAAAGACCAAAGUUACCUGACAACAAGACGUGCGCAGUACACCGCCUAAAUUGUCUUGAAAGAAGACUAAAGAAGUCUUUCCAGGGUCAGAUAGUAGGGUCAGAAAACUUAAAUUACUGGUUAGCCAAACCACAUUAGACAAAAAGGGGAAACCCACAAUUAGGACUGUGUUCCUUGAAAGACCUGUACACAAGGUUGUUACUCUGUUUGAGGCAGAAUAAGGUGUUUAAUGUGUUGCCUGAGAUUCCAUGUUAAGUUGUUAUCUACAGGUAAUGUCUAUUUCAAAGGACUACUUUGUACAAACAAUCUUUUGCGUGAAAUCUCACGAGUAAUGUGUGAUUUGGUGGGAGUGUAAGUGCAGCCUUUACAUGUUCAUAAUUUAACUGUAAUGUGUAUUUUCUAAGUGUACUAAUUAUUAUUGUUGUAAUGUUUCAUGCGUGCAAUAUUUCGUCUUUUAUUUUGAAGUCCAAGCUCACGUCUCGUUAUGCUGUUCUCGCGUGAGUUAGAGAGCGAGAACAUGAGAAGCACCCUCAGAGUAAGAUGCACGGAUACUUACAGCUCCGUUAGUGUUGUAUUCUUAUACAUACAAGUUGUGAAGAGAACUGAAGAAUACUUCCCUCUGUUUACAGAGCAUGCAGCCCAACGAGGUAUGUUGUUGUGCUUGUAUCACUUUUAUGUUUAUUACCUUGCUAGUUAUCUCACAUGCUGUGCAUGUUAUUGUGUGUCUAACACGAAACUAUGUUUGUCAUUUAUACUGUUUGUUUGUGUAGUUUUCACGGUGGAUUCGGAGGAAUAAACCCGUAAUGAGAAAGCCACUUGUGUCUGCCUGUGCUU